AUGCACGAUACACUGCCAUGCAGGUUGGGUGCGGCCUUCGCGCUGCACCAACACCUGUCGCACCUAUUUUGCCUGCGCAAGGCCGAGUCGGCCAUGUGCCCUACAUGCGGCACCAACGAGGAGACGGUGAUCCACUACCUCCUACACUGUCCGACAUGGAAACGAGCCCGCGCUCCGCUACGACGAGCUCUCCCUGCGUUCAAGACACUCCUUCGAACCCUCCUCAGCAGCCCCGAAGCUCUCCCGACUCUAUUCGGCUACAUCAAGGCAACCGGCUGCUUCGCGGCCGGGACGGGACGACCGAACCAGAACGCGUCCCGAGCAGCACAGGCACAGGGAUAG